AUGGCUGGAAGUGAUGCGAGCGGAGCGCGCUCGGACGCGGAUGGCGCGCUGCCACCGCGAAAGCGUCGUCACGUCGAGAGGCAAGACGAUGAGGAUUUUGAGGAUUUGGACACGACGGCCAAUGUGGACGAUUGCCGUGGACAAAUCCCCGGGCAAAUCAUCAGCAUCUCCAUGCAGAAUUUCAUGUGCCACGAGAAUCUCACCGUGAACUUUGACGUUGAAAACGCGAACUGCUUCUUUGUUGGAGGAGCGAAUGGAAGUGGAAAGAGCGCCCUGUUAUCCGCUCUCAAUAUCGGCCUCGGUGGCGGUGCCAGGGACAACGACAGAGGAAGUUCGGUGAAAGAUUACAUCAAAGAGGGCACCAACACCGCCAAGACACAAAUAAUCAUGACGAACAUUGGCUCCGGCAACAUUCCCGAGCUGGGCCCGAAAAUUCUGUUUGAAAGAACGAUCAGCCGUACGGGAUCUUCUACGCUCGUCGUCAAGUCCUUGGAGGGCCAAAAAAUGAUUGAGCACACGCGAAAAAUGAAGGAUAUCAAAAAGAUACUCGAACGGCUGGGCAUUCAACUCGACAAUCCGGUUUUUUGGAUGACCCAGGAUCGCUGCCGGCAGUUCCUCAACGACAUCAAGCCGGAAAAAUUAUUCCAGAUUUUUUUUACAGGCACACAACUUGAAGAGACCGAGAUGCGCUACGCCAAAAUCGAUGCCACUCUUGAAGACGUGUACGCCGACGUCAACAAAACUAGGGGCAGACUUGCCUUGGCCCAGGGCGAAAAAGAAGAAUAUCAAAAUGCCCUCGCUAAACACGAGGAACUCCAAGUCAAAAAGGAGGAGCUGGAAGGGUUGAGCUGGUAUCUGAUUUGGGCACCGGCCAAAACAGCAUACGACGAGCUGAAAACGGCAGAGAAUCUUCUGCGAGUUUCGGAGCUAGAGCUACAAGAGAUUGGCCGGAAUAUUAUCGAGGCGGGCGAGCGUCAAAAUGCUGACGUUGAAGAUGUGGCCACCGACGAUUCGGUCAUUGAACAGCUGACCAAAGAAGUGACGACCCUGAGCGACCAAAAGAAUGAACGCCUGGCGGAUAUGAAAAAGACGCAAAGGAGCUUGGCCGAAAUCACACGAAAGAGGAAACAAAUCCGGGAUGAAAUUGCCGUCAAAGACGCCAAUAUUGCACGCGCAAACGUCAACCUACGCGAGUUGCAGGGCGGCAACCUACACAAGAAGCUGAUGGCUCGACAAAAUGCCAUUCAGCGGCACACGGACGAUCGGGAUCAAGCCCAGGCAGCGAUCGACGAAAGCAAGGAACAAGUCGCAGACAUCGACAAGAACUAUCCGAAAAAGAAAGAUGAAGCCAAGCGAGCAAAUGCUGAGCUCUUCGAGGCCAACGCUGCUUACCAGAAUGACCAGAGGAAAUUGAACGAGCUGAAGAAGAACCUCGACAAUUUUGAACGCGCCAAAAACGACGAGAUUCAGAGGUUUGGAGCCGAUGCUCGAGCUAUUGUUCGACUCAUCGCAAGCAACAGGAACAGGUUCCAAAAGAUGCCGAUUGGUCCCGUCGGCUGUCACUUGAAGGUCGUUGACGAUCGUUGGGCUUAUACCAUCGAACAAGUCGUUGGCAAAUUGAUGGGCACGUUUGUGGUUGAUAACCAGGCGGACAGUCGCGUCUUGAAAGAGCUGCUGAACAAUAAUCGCAUAGCGGCGCCGCCGAUCACAGUUACCGCGUUUGUUGCCCGCCAUCAUGUGAAGCAAGUUGGCGCCGAUCUGUUGACCGUCGAGAGGAUGUUGGAGGUCGACAACGAUAUCGCCUACAAUUUCGUCGUUGACAAAGCCCGUAUUGAGUCUAUCCUGUUGCUGGAAACUGAUGACGAAGCCCGGAGACUGAUGGAUGGAAAUUGCCCUGAGGGUAUUUCCCGUGCUCAAACGAUCAGUGGAGCUCAAGCCAAGGGCCGAUCCGGAAACCGCGGCUUCUAUCGAUUCUUCCCCGACCUGAAUGACCGGAAGCUCGUGCGGUUUCUGAAGGCCUCCACACAGCAAGACGUCAACGCUAUUCGUGAGGAGAUUGCUGAUCUGGAAAACAAGCGCGCAAGUCACCAAAAGAAGAUCGCCGACUUGUCGUAUCAGCAGAAGCUUGCCGAAAAAGAAGUAACAGAGUUGUCGCACAAAAGACAGACGUUGCUCCGUGCUAUUCAAGCGAGGCAAAACGAUUUCGACAGGGCCGACACGGAACUCGGCCGGCUUGAAUCCGAGCCGCCUGUCAUCGAUGAAACGGCUUCACUGAAAGAAAGCCUGCAGGAGAAUCAAGAAAUGAAAGAGGGGCUCGAAGCUCAAAUCGAAGAGCUCGACGCGGCCAUCGAGAGUCUUGAGAUCGAGGUCGAGGAAAUGGAGGGCCAGCUGAAAGACAUUGAUCUGCGUUGCGAAGAGUUGAAGGGCAGGCUCGAACCCCAUCUGGAGGCACAAUCGAAACAAGAAGAAAAGAACCAGAAAUAUAUGAACGAAAUUCAGCGGCUCGAGAAGAACAAGGAAGCCGUCCAGAAAAUUAUUGAGGAGUACGAGCGAAAGCGAAUUGACGAAGCCCGAAAACACGACAAGACCGUAGAAGAAGCCAUGGAGCGAACGAAGGAUAUACCAGUACCAGAUGGCCAAUCUCUUCCGCCUGUAUACAGCAACCUACCCUCCGAAGGUCGUGUCAGCAAACUGUAUAAAAAACUGAAGAGCGAAAUUGAUCUAGAGGAGGCAAGUCUGCCGUCGGUCGAUGAUAUUGUGAGGAAGCUGGACGAAAAAGACACCGAGGUCGAAACCAUCAACAAGGAGCAGAACACGCUUUUCAUACAGUGUGAUAAACUGAAAGAAUCGCUGGAGCUGCGCGAGACCUACUACCCGAUCAAGCGCCAUCUGAUCACCGUGAACCUUCGGGACAAAUUCAGGCGCUACAUGCUGUACAGGCAAAUGGAUGCCGAUGUUCGAGUGGAUUUUGAGAAGGGUACUAUCGAUCUCCUGGUGCGUCCGCGGGGCGACAAUCAACGCAUCAAGGAUCCAAAGUCUCUCUCCGGCGGCGAACGCUCCUAUCUAACGGCGGCGUUUAUCAUGAGCCUGUGGCGCAUCGUCGACUCGCCAUUCCGGUGCAUGGACGAAUUCGACGUGUUCAUGGAUUCGGCGAAUCGAAAGCUGAUUAUGGACCUGGUGAUCCUCUUCGCCACCGAGGAAUGCCGACACUCGCAAUUCAUCCUUUUCACCCCGCAAGGCAUCACGGAGCUGAAGAAAAAUUCUCGUCUUAAGAUUAUCACCAUGCCCAAGCUCAACUCGUUGCAAGCCAAAACUGCCGAUGAUGAUGAUGCCGAUGUGUCCGUCGUGAAAGAUGUC